GCACAGCCUCCGCGCCUCCUUUCAAGACCGCGCUCUUCAGUCCGUGUCCGCGACCCGACCCGUCGGUGCGUCGUCGUUCGUUCUGCUGUAACCGAAUCCUCGGCCCGUCGUCGUACGCGUAACGAUUCGCCCAGUAAUUUGCAUUAAUAUAAUAAUAUAAUUAAGUAAACGUCCGAUUUGCGUACAAUAAUUGUAAUAAUAAUAUUGUUUUUAGUUAUUAAUUUCUUACUAAUCCUUCCUGCCGUCUUUCGGCAUACCGUUUUUAUGCAGCAUUCAAUUUUAGUGCGCGCUGUUUUUCGUCUGUGCGCGAAAAGGAUAACGACAUUAUCGUCAUCGGAACCAAUGCCAAAGGCUGUUUUAUAUUAAUAUUGAACCGAUAAGGCGCCUGUGGCUCAGUCCGAACCGACAGAGCACCGCAUUGCACGCGACAUUAGCGCCUGCCGACCUCAGCUUUAUUUUGUUUAUAACCAGUAGGCACAGAAACCGCMGGGACGAGCGUCGUGGAAAAAAUAAAAACCGUGAACUCUCCGACGGCCGCGUUAACUCGUUCGUGUAUGACGUAUCACCAUAUAUUGGUCGUACACUAUUCUCAUAACAGGCACAAUAGAUAUCGUUUUUUUUUUUCGUCCGUCGUGUCGCAGUGAUGGUGUGAUAAUAGUACGACGCGUAAUGGUCCUCCGAUUGUUUUGAGAAAUAAAAUCCAAACAGAACGGCACAAUACGUCUCCCGUUACGAAUCGUAUUAUCUCGUAUAGACUUUGCGAUGACCAUGUCGUGCGACGAGCGAUGCGCCUGUGUAACCACAGUCCGUGCACUGUGAUAACAUGUUAUCAUGAAUGCGGUUUUCCCGUUCGUUUUCCUCCGGCGACUAUGGCGGUGCAGGCUGUUGCUAGUUGCCGUCCUGGUGUUCCACGCGGCCACGGCCACUGCGGCCGGUGUCGAGAAAACGUCAGAGUUCGUCAAAGGAAAAAUAUGCAUUGGUACCAACGGUCGUCUUUCUGUGCCGUCGAAUCGGGAUCAUCAUUACCGAAACCUCAGGGACCGUUACACCAAUUGCACCUAUGUGGAUGGCAACCUGGAACUGACAUGGUUGCAGGACGAACACUUGGAUCUGAGUUUCUUACAACACAUACGAGAAGUUACCGGAUACGUUUUGAUUACUCAUGUGGACGUCAACAAAAUCGUGUUACCUCGGYUGCAAAUCAUUCGAGGCCGAACUCAAUUCAAAUURGCCGUCAAGGAAGAAGAGUUUUCGUUACUGGUCAUGUUAUCAAAAAUGAACAAUCUCGAAUUGCCAGCUCUAAGAGAUAUAUUAGCUGGCAAUGUGGGCAUGAUMGAUAACUAUAAUCUGUGCCAUAUGCGCACCAUUAACUGGGAUGAGAUCAUCACCGGACCGGGGGCCAAGUGGAUGUACAUGUAUAAUUUCUCGAACUCUGAACGGGAAUGUCCACCUUGUGACAAGUCGUGUACGGGUGGCUGUUGGGGUGAAGGUCCACACAAUUGCCAAAAGUUCUCAAAGAUCAACUGUAGUCCCCAAUGUUAUCAGGGCCGUUGUUUUGGACCAAAGCCAAGAGACUGCUGUCAUUUGUUUUGUGCUGGUGGUUGUACGGGACCAAAGCAAAGUGAUUGCCUCGCUUGUCGAAAUUUUUACGAUGACGGUGUAUGCACUCAAGAAUGUCCGGCGAUGCAACGGUAUAAUUCCAUAACAUACUCCUGGGAAACAAAUCCAAAUGGAAAGUAUGCUUAUGGUGCGACUUGCGUGAAAAACUGCCCGGAACAUUUGCUCAAAGACAAUGGGGCGUGUGUACGAAGUUGUCCACCAAAGAAAAAGGCUGUAAAUGGCGAAUGUGUAUUGUGUGACGGCCCAUGUCCGAAAACUUGUGAAGGUGUAACUACGAUACAUGAUAGCAACAUUGAUGGUUUUAAAGACUGCACCGUAAUCGAGGGUUCAUUAACUAUCUUAGACCAAACAUUCAAAGGUUUCCAACAAGUUUUUGCUAACUUCAGUUUCGGCCAACGUAUCAAAGCUAUGCAUCCUGACCGUUUGGAAGUGUUUAGCACGUUGAAAGAAGUGACAGGKUACAUAAACAUACAAGGAUCCCAUGAAGAUUUUAAAAACCUGUCAUACUUUAGGAAUUUGGAAGUUAUCGGUGGUCGCACUGUUACCGAAUACUUUGCAUCAUUGUAUAUUGUUAAGACUUCGUUGACUUCAUUGGGUUUGCGUUCGCUAAAGAAAAUCCAUUCUGGGAGUGUUGCAAUACUAGAAAAUAAAAGACUUUGUUACGCCCAAACUAUUGACUGGGAGUCCAUAAAAAAAUCAUCGGAACAUCCAAAGCUUUUGCAAAAUAACAAAAAUGAAUCUCUUUGCAUUUUAGAGAAUGAAAUAUGCGAUCCGGAGUGUUCAAAACAAGGUUGCUGGGRUCCUGGACCUCAUCAGUGUUUGUCUUGUAGAAACUUUCAGUACGAAAAUCAAUGUUUACCUAAUUGUAGUCAUGUACCUGGGCUAUACGAAGCUGGUGAUAAGACUUGCGCGGCAUGUCAUCCGGAAUGUGACGGUGGUUGUCACGGGCCCGGCCCCGAACACUGUACAUCAUGCCGCAAUCUUCUCGACGGUAUUCACUGUGUAUCUCAAUGUCCAGUGAAUAAAUACAGUGCUAACCAAUCCAGACCCAGUGAAUGUUUACCAUGUCAUUUGAACUGUGUUGGAGGUUGUAGUGGUCCGGACAACACAAUUGGACCUAAUGGGUGCCGAUCUUGUCACAAAGCUGUUUUGAAUGCCGAUGCUUCAGUYGAGAGAUGUUUACACAAAAAUGAAACUUGUCCAAAUGGUUACUAUUACGAAUGGGUUGGACCGUUGGAGCAAGGUGGUGCUGCUCUACGUGCAUUAGCCGGCAAAGCUGUAUGCAGAAAAUGUCAUCCGCGGUGUCUGAGGUGCACAGGUUUCGGAUUCCACGAUCAAGUCUGCCAACGUUGCGCGGGCUACAAACGUGGUGAUCACUGUGCAGAUGAUUGUCCAAUCGAGUACUAUGCCACAACCAACAAGUUACCGAAUGGAGAAAUAGAGCGUGAAUGUAUGCCAUGUGACAUUCUAUGUAGAGGAUGUUACGGACCACACGCAUCUCAAUGCCAGGCGUGUAGGCAUUUCAAAAUAUUCGAGCUCAGCGGCAACCCUUCGGAUAACCGUACGGCGUUCAACUGCUCUGGUCCUAUCUGCCCGUCUUUUGCYCCAUACAAGGUGUACACUAAGGACGACCCAGACCCAUAUUGUUCCGCAGAUGACGUCAGAAUGGCUUCUAAACUUAGUGAUUCGGAGCAAAUACCAUUGAUACUGAGCGCGGUUGUAGUUUUCACGUUUUUGGUGAUGGUUUUACUCAUGAUUCUUGUAUGGCACUGGCGAAGACGUGCACGAGCCAAAGAGACAGCAGUAAAAAUGACAAUGGUACUAACAGGUAUGGAAGAUAACGAACCACUAAGGCCUUCGAAYGUCAAACCCAACACGGCUAAACUAAGGAUCGUCAAAGAAGUAGACCUGAGAAUAGGCGCUGAACUUGGAAAUGGAGCUUUUGGAGUUGUUUACAAGGGCGUUUGGGUUGUUGAAGGCGAGAACAUUAAAAUACCAGUAGCAAUCAAAAAGCUACACAAAAAAGACGACACGUGUGGUUACGAAAAUACUAGCAAAGAAUUCUUAGAUGAAGCUUAUAUAAUGGCUAGUGUUGAACACGACAAUCUAGUAAAAUUGUUGGCCGUAUGUAUGACGUCCGAGAUGAUGUUGGUCACCCAACUCAUGCCACUCGGGUGUCUAUUGAAGUACGUGCGAAACAACAAYGACAAGAUUGGUUCCAAAACGUUCCUAAAAUGGUGCACGCAAAUAGCCAAAGGUAUGGCUUAUUUGGAAGAAAAGCGACUAGUGCAUAGAGACUUGGCAGCCCGAAACGUCCUCGUGCAGAACACCAACUGCGUGAAGAUCACCGAUUUUGGUUUGGCUAAACUGUUGGAAAUUGACCAACUGGAGUACACUGCUGACGGUGGAAAGAUGCCGGUCAAAUGGCUAGCCCCAGAAUGUCUUAAGUACAGGGUGUUCACUCACAAGAGCGAUGUCUGGGCGUUUGGUAUUACCGUAUGGGAAUUGUUGACGUACGGUAAACAACCGUAUGAAAGCGUGGACAAAAAAGAAGUUUUGGGUCUGCUAGAAAAAGGUGAACGAUUGCCGCAACCACCAAUUUGCACCAUUGAUGUGUACAUGGUGAUGGUAAAAUGUUGGUUAAUCGAAAAAGAUAGCCGUCCUAGUUUUGAGGAACUUGCCGAUGAAUUCGCCAAAAUGGCAAUCGAUCCGGGUAGAUACCUGGUCAUACCAGGUGACCGUUACAUGAGGUUGCCGUCGUACUCGUCGCAGGACGAAAACGAGAUAUUAUCAAACCUGGCGACUGAAGGUGCAGAUAUGAGUAUCAUGGAAUCUGAUGAGUACUGCAUGAACCCAAAAAUGGGAAUGCCGGGACCGUCGAGGCUUGGAUCGAGUAGCACGGCGGGUGCUGACAUGUUAGGAUCUAUGCAUGGUAGACACAACUGGGAUCGAGAGCUCAGAAAAUUCGGUGACAUACAUCGAUUAGAUUGCGAUACUUCCGAAGAUCUCAGCAAUGGAAGCAAGGCGCAAGUGGGCACGUUGAAAUUAGACUUGCCAUUGGACGAGGACGAUUACCUAAUGCCGUCUCCAGCCAACGACGAAAUCGACAACAAACGACGGCACGCGCCUGCCAAUUAUAUCGAUUUGAUUGGUCAUCAACACGCUGAAGUGGAAUACGCCAACGGUAGCCUCCCAAGGCCUCCUGGUCUGACCAAAAACUACCAACCAGACUUCUUGCCAGUCCAAGUGAGCAGCGUGGACAACCCGGAGUACCAUUUGACCGGUGGCGAACCUUCCGCCGUGACACCAUCYACAAUCUCCGGUGACGGUAGCGGUUCUGUUGCAGAGGCGUCCUGCGAACCGCAGUCACCUGCGCCUACCUCCAACGGCCGAAGUCUGGAGGAUGAGUCGGACCAUGAGUACUACAACGACUUUGAUCGUCUGCAAAGAGAGCUCCAACCGCUUAGACGAAACGAAACAACCGUUUGACKACCGGCUACCAAACCGGGUACGCACCUGGUGGCGUCGAACCAUUUUGUAGAAGUUUAAGUUUUGUUCUGUUGACUCGUUUUUAAGAAUUAUUAAGAAAUUAUUAUGAGAUGACGCAUGAAACGACAAGUUUUUUACAAGUUUAUUCGAUAUAUUAUUAUACGAUAUGCAUAUAAUAAUAUUGUUUUA